UCAAAAUAAUGUCUUCAAUCUUAGCCUUGGCGUUGGUUCUCAUUGGAACGCUAUGUUCCUUCUUCUACAUCUUUCGCACCACCGUAUUCCGCCAAAACCACGACAAAAAUGGCCGGAAACUGCCACCGGGUCCCCGCGCCCUACCGAUAAUCGGCAACCUCCAUAUGCUAGGAAAGCUUCCACACCAAAGCCUUCAUCAUCUAGCCAAAAGAUACGGCCCCAUAAUGUCACUAAGGCUAGGCUCUGUACCAACAAUCGUGGUGUCAUCACCUGCUGCAGCAGAACUAUUCCUCAAAACCCAUGACCUUGUUUUCUCUAGCAGGCCUAAAAUGCAAGCUUCAGAAUACUUGUCUUAUGGUUCCAAGGGCAUGGUUUUUACCCAGUACGGUUCCUAUUGGCGAACUGUUCGGAAAUGGUGUACUUUGCAUCUCCUUAGUGCUUCAAAAGUUGAAGAAUUUACCCCAGUAAGGAAGGCGCAUCUACGGUCAUUGGUUGAAUCCGUAAAGAAGUCAGCGGUGGCGGGCGAGGUGGUGGACCUUACCAGAAAGGUCGGCGAGCUUAUCGAAGAUACCAUGUGUCUGAUGAUUUUCGGGCAAGAUAAGGAUGAUGGGUUCAACCUGAGGUCCCUAAUUGAUCAAACCAUGCAUCUCCAUGGACUCUUCAAUAUUUCAGAUUUUAUUCCUUAUCUUGCUCCACUUGACCUUCAGGGAAUAGGACGAAGGCUUCGGAGGACGAGUAAGUUGCUUGAUGCAGUGUUCGAGAAAAUAAUUGAUGAACAUGUGCAAGGAACCGAUCCCAAUAGUCUAAAACCUCACAAAGAUUUCGUUGAUAUGAUGAUUUUCAUGUUGAAUCAACCAAUGAACCCUCACGACGAAGAGCAACCCUACAUAAUUGAAAGAAACAACGUCAAGGCUAUAUUAUUGGAUAUGACUGCUGCUUCAUUUGAUACUUCAGCUAUCGUCAUAGUGUGGGCAUUUUCAGAAAUUCUAAGGCAUCGUCGAGUGAUGAUUCGUCUCCAACAAGAGUUGGAGGCCGUGGUUGGAAGGAAUAGACUUGUUGAAGAAUCAGAUCUAUCAAAAUUGUUGUAUUUAGAUAUGGUUGUGAAAGAAAGUACGAGGUUACAUCCAGUUGCUCCGUUCUUAGUUCCACGCGAGUCCAUGGAAGAUGUUAUUGUUGAUGGAUAUUUCAUACCUAAGAAAUCGAGAAUCUUGGUGAAUACUUGGUCGAUGGCUCGAGCCCGGAGUAUAUGGUCGGAAAAUGCUGAAGAAUUCUUGCCGGAAAGAUUCAUUGGUAGUAACAUUGAUCUCCGAGGACAUGAUUUUGAACUCAUUCCGUUCGGAUCAGGUCGUAGAGGAUGCCCUGGAAUGCAAUUAGCCUUGAUCACAGUGCGUCUAGUUCUAGCUCAACUAAUCCAUUGCUUUGACUGGGAAUUGCCUGAUGGGAUGCAGCCUAAUGAACUGGACAUGAGCGAAAUCUUUGGCCUCUCAUUGCCAAGGGAUAAUCAUUUACUGGCAAAGCCAACUUAUCGUCUACUUGAAUAAAGCAAUGUGA